AUGCCCACCCGGCUGCAGAAGCUCGUCGCCCUCCUGGCCAACGGGCCGUCCGAGGCGGCAAGGCUCGCCGCCGCCCGCCAGCUCGGCGAGCUGCAGCGCGCCCACCCGGCGCAGCUGCACGUGCUGCUCCAGCACAUCCUGCGGCACCUCUUCGCGUCCGAGUGGCCGACGCGACGUGCAGCGGCGGCGGCGCUGCAGGCCGUGGCCGAGGCGGCCGACGCGUGGUCUCCGGAGCAGCCGGAGGAGCCCGACGAGGCGGCCGAGGCGGCCGCCCGUGCCGAGGCGGAGGGUGCGUGGCUCUCGUUCCGCUCGUUUGAGAUGGCGUCGGCGCUGGGCGGGCAGAGCGACGAGCUGCUCCAAGAAGCGGAUCUGACUGCCGUCGGCGCCGCGCCGUCAGCUCGCCGGGCGGCGUGGGCGCCCGCAGGCGCAGACGCUGCCGCCGUGGCGCGCGUGCUCGCGGCGUCGUGA